UCCUCCUGCUUUAAAUAGCCUCAGCAGCCGAGUGGUUAAUAUUAAUGAAGUCGGAGUGAAGCUGACCUGCCGCCUCACCUGGCUGCACAGAGCAGGUGAGCUUCAACCAAUCAGACGGCGGCUGUGCUGUGAAAUGCAGCCAAACCUGUCGGGCAGAGAGAGAGAAGGCGAGCGAGGGAGAGUCCCAUUGAGUCAGAGUGGGAACUUCCACAGAGAGAGAGAGAGUCUGGAGGAAGACAGUCUCUGAGACGUCCAGCUGCUCACAUGCUGGUCAGAACACGCCGUGACAUCACUGUGACAUCAUGAGCAUCCCCACCAGGCACGCGGACAGGUACGCCGAGGACAGGGUUCCCGUAGGGGCCUGGGGCCCCCCCAACAUCCAGGACAUGGAGCUGAGGGAGGAGUGGCAGGACGACGGCUUCCCCAGGCCUCUCCCAGAGGAUUGUGGGAGUCCAGAGGAGGUGGAGAGUCCGUCAGGCGGUGAGCAGCGACCAGCACCGCCUAACAGCCUCGCCCUAUCAGGAACUGUUGGUGGCGGAGCUAAGAAGCGUCUGGCGGCACCGUCACUCAGCCUCACUUUGAGCCACAAAGAUUCUAUGGACCCGAGCAGUGAUGGGUUCUCUGCAGCAGCGCUGUCUGCAACACCGGACGAGACGCCUUCACUCGACAUAAACCUGGAGGCUUUGGAGACCCCUUCAGGUAGCGAGUCGGGAACGCUGCCAGAUGGCAUCUACGAGCUGGAGUGGGAAGAUGACCUACCCCAGAUGGGGAGGGGCAGGGCUGCAAGCGUGACCAGGAGCACGAUGGAGUCAGAGGGUCUGAUGGAGCUGGACCAGGUGGACAGCAGGGGGCGCCGCUGGAGGAAGUUCAGCAUCGGUGGACAUGAAUAUCACGUCAACAUGAGUGUGCUGGAGCCGUACCUUCAGGUCCUGUCACACGGAGGUUACUAUGGAGAGAGAAACGCCAUCAUCCUGUUCACCUCCUGCUACCUGCCGGAGAACACGGUGGAGGACUAUGAGUACGUCAUGGACAACCUGUUCAGGUGUAUAUUGGGCACGUUGGACCUGAUGGUUUCAGAGAAGUACAUCCUGGUCUACCUGUGUGCCAUGGCUCCCAGAAACAAGCUGCCGGCCAUCAAAUGGCUCCACCAGUGCUACACCUCCAUCGACCGCAGGCUGAAGAAGGACCUGAGGGGGCUGCUGGUCGUCCAUCCCGCCUGGUACAUCAGAGCUCUCAUCACUGUGGUCAAACCCUUCAUCAGCGAGAAGUUCAGCAGGAAGAUUCGGUUCAUCCAGACUCUGCAGCAGCUGUCCGAGAUCAUCCCCACAGAACGUCUGCAGAUCCCCGAUGCAAUACGACAGUUUGAUGAGAAGCUGAACAGAUGACGAUCACAGACUGGAUCGAUCCUAAAGGUCAGAGGUCAUCAGACUGAGCGCCUCCUGCUGAUGACCUUUGACCUCCUGCCUUUACAAAGACUCUGGGUUUAUUUACUGUCUGUCUUUAAUCAGG